AUGAGCCGCACCUCUGCUGCUACCGCUAAUGCGGUCCCUCAAGGUGUUCCCGGCGCAGUCGACCAGGCCACUGUUCCUCCUCCGGGCACACAGCCUGCCUCGUCUCUGGGACAGUCUUCCACCCAUAUCGAGCCACGAUUAGAGUCGGGUGCUGCAGAUGCUCAGCAAGCAAUCCUCAGUGAUCCACAGCCUGUACACGACAUCGACGCUCACAGCAGCAACGGCGAGGAGCAUCACAACGCCGAGACUGGAUCCCCCUCAUCUGCGGCCGAACAAACGUCCGACCAUGUCAACAUCGACAUGCACCCAUCAAAGCGUCCGCUCACUUCCACCACCAGCCAUCGCUCCAGAACUCGCGAUGCAGACAGUAUUUCAUCCACCGGAUCAUCCAGGCAGAGCGACGAAAAGAACAGCGACUCCACCACCAAGUCCAAACGCAGCCACAGCAAGCGAAAAAGGAGCAAUCCCGACGACGGCUCCGUUGACCGUGUCGGCUUCAAACAGCUCUACCGUUACGCCACCGUCUGGGACCACAUCUUCAAUUUCGUUGGUCUCAUCGCUGCUGCUGCUGCCGGCGCUGUUCAGCCGCUUAUGACCAUCGUCUUUGGUAGUCUCACCACCGCCUUCCUCGAGUAUUCCAACGCCCUCCUGUUUGGCGGCGACAUCGCCGCUGCACGCGACCACCUCAACCACGAGAUCGUGCAUGGCGUCCUCUUCCUCGUCUACAUCGGCAUCGCCAUGUUUGUCGCCACCUACAUCUACUCGGCUGCAUGGGUCUACACGGGCCAGAUCAUCACGCGUCGAAUCCGUGAACACUACCUCCAGGCCAUCCUGCGUCAAGACAUCGCCUACUUUGACGUCGUCGGAGCCGGAGAGAUCACCACCCGCAUUCAAACCGAUAUCCAGCUCAUCCAGGAGGGCAUCAGCGACAAGAUUCCUAUGUCCGUCAUGUUUAUCAGUGCCUUCGUCACCGGGUUCAUCGUCGCCUACAUCAAGUCGUGGCAGCUCGCCUUGGCUCUCAGCUCCAUGAUUCCGUGCAUCAUCAUCGCAGGUGCUCUCAUGAACGCUGUCACUGCCAAGCUUCAGCAGGCCGAGCUCGACCGUGUCUCCAAGGCAGCUUCCAUCGCUGAAGAGGCGCUCGCCACCCUGCGCACCGCAAAAGCCUUUGGCAUCGAGGACAACCUCGUCGAACUCUACGACGAAAGCAACCGCGAGGCCACCCGCUUCGGCAUCAAGCGCUCGCUCUUCCAAGGCGUCGGCAUGGGUGUCUUUUUCUUUGUCAUUUACAGUGGCUAUGCGCUUGCCUUCUACUUUGGCGCCAAGCUCCUCGCCAGCGGUCACAUCGCAUCCGGUACCGUGAUGAACGUCAUCCUGUCCAUCCUUAUCGGUGCCUUCUCCAUGGCCAUGAUGGCGCCAAACAUGCAGGCCCUCUCGUACGCCUUUGCCGCCGGUGCAAAGGUGUUUGAGACCAUUGACCGUGUCCCGCCCAUCGAUAGCUCCGAUCCCAGUGGAUUGCGCCCGGACCUGUGCCAAGGUAAACUCGAGUUCAGAGACAUUGACUUCAGCUACCCUGCCCGUCCCGACGUGCCUGUCCUCGAUGCAUUCUCGCUCGAGGUACCCGCCGGUAAAGUGACGGCGCUUGUCGGUGCUUCCGGAUCGGGCAAGAGUACCAUCGUGUCGCUCGUUGAGCGCUUUUACGAUCCCGAUGGCGGUGCUGCUUUCCUGGACGGUGUCGAUCUGCGCGAUCUCAACCUGAAAUGGCUCAGAACCCAGAUUGGACUCGUGAGCCAGGAGCCCACGCUGUUUUCCACCAGCAUCCGCGCCAACAUUGCGCAUGGACUCAUCAACACACCUUUCCAGCAUGCCUCUGACGAGGAAAAGGAAAAGCUCAUCGUCGAUGCGGCCAAGAUGGCCAACGCGCACGGAUUCAUUUCGCAGCUGCCCGAGGGGUACGACACCAUGGUGGGUGAGCGAGGAUUCUUGCUGUCCGGUGGUCAGAAGCAGCGCAUCGCCAUUGCGCGAGCUGUCGUCAAGGACCCCAAGAUUCUUUUGCUGGACGAAGCCACCUCGGCGCUUGACACGCAAUCCGAAGCCGUGGUACAAGACGCGCUCGAGCAAGCGAGUCAAAACAGGACCACAAUCAGCAUCGCCCACCGCCUGUCGACCAUCAAGAACGCCGACAAGAUCGUCGUCAUGGGCAAGGGUGUCAUUCUGGAAACGGGCAGACACGACGAAUUGAUCGCACUCAACGGCGCCUAUGCUCAGCUCGUGGAUGCACAAAAGAUCCGAGCAAAGGUGGCCAACACCGUCGACGCCGACGACGGCGAUGAUAGCGGCGACAGCGACAAGCCGGCCAAAUUUGUCGCCUCGAACCUCAAAGCUCCCGUCGCAACCACGCAGACGGAAAAGGCCAUACUGAGGCAGGAAGCCAAAGCCGAGAUGCCUGCUGGCCUCGAAAAGAGUGCCACGCGGCAGAGUGUGGCCAGCGCGAUCCUGCAACGACGCCAGCGCGAGCAGGACGCCAAGGACAAAGAAAACGAGAAGAUCCCUAGCAUCUUCUACCUGCUCUAUCGUCUCGCCAAGAUCAACCGCGAAUAUGUCUUGACGCUGUACGUGCCCGGUGUGAUUGCCUCGAUCUGCUCCGGUGCUGCCUACCCGUGCUUUUCGAUCCUGUUCGGCCAUGCGCUGCAGAACUUUUCGCUGUGCAGUGCCAUUGGCGGCGGGCCGUGCCCCGAACCGGCACGCAGCGUGAUGCUGCACGACGCCAACCGUUGGGCACUGUACUUUUUCAUCAUCGCCAUCCUGUGCACGCUGGCCAUUUCGAUUCAGACGUACACGCUCAUGAAGGCGUCGUCGGUGCUGAUGGAGCGCAUCCGACGCAUGUCGCUCUUCGCCUACCUGCGCGCCGACGUGGCGUACCACGACGAGGACGCGCAUUCCUCGGGCUCGCUCAGCAACUCGUUGGCGGACAAUUCGCAGAAGAUCAAUGGGCUUGUGGGUGUAACGCUGGGAACGAUCAUCCAGUCGAUCUCGACGUUGGUGACGGGCGCAAUCAUUGCGUUGGCAAACGGGUGGAAGCUGUCGUUGGUGGUGAUUGCGUGUAUACCCUUGACGCUGUCGGCUGGAUUUGUGCGGUUGCAGCUGGUGGUGCUGAAGGAUGCAAGGAUCAAGAAAGCCUACGAAGGCUCGGCCGCGAAGGCGUGCGAGGCAGCGGGCGCCAUGCGCGUCGUCGCGUCGCUCACGAGGGAGGACGACUGUCUCGAGAUCUACCGACGCGAGCUGGAUGCCCCCAGCGAGAUUUCGCGCCACACGGCGUUCUACGGCAAUUUCCUCUAUGCCGUCUCGCAGGCGCUGCAGUUCUGGAUCAUCGGCCUUGGCUUCUGGUACGGCUCGCACCUGCUCAUCAGGGGCGAGUAUACGUCGGGGCAGUAUUUCACCAUUCUCACCGCGGUGGUGUUUGGAUCGAUCCAGGCGUCGAAUGCGUUUUCGUUUGUGCCAGACAUCUCGAACGCCAAAACGGCGGCGUGGGACAGCAUCAAAUUGCUCGACAUGGUGCCGGAGAUUGAUGUGACAAGCGACGAGGGCGAGGUGUUGGCGCACGUCGAGGGGCACGUCAAGCUGGAGAAUGUGCACUUCAGGUAUCCCACACGGCCCGGGGUGCGGGUGCUGCGCGGGCUGGAUAUCGAGGUCAAGCCAGGCACGUACGUUGCGCUCGUCGGUGCAUCGGGUUGCGGGAAAAGUACGACGAUCCAGCUGAUCCAGCGGUUCUAUGACACGCUCUCGGGCAAAGUCACCAUCGACGGGCGAGAUAUCUCGUCGCUCAACCUGCGCGAGAUCCGCAAGCACAUGGCGCUCGUGUCGCAAGAACCGACCCUGUACGACGGCAGCAUCGAGUUCAACAUCCGGCUUGGCGCGUUUGAGGACGCCGAUCGCGUCAGCAUGGACGACCUGCGGUCGGCGGCGGCGGCGGCCAACAUCCUGGCGUUUAUCGAGUCGCUGCCGGACAAGUGGGAGACGCAGGUGGGCGGCAAGGGGACGCAGCUGUCUGGCGGGCAGAAGCAACGCAUUGCGAUUGCGAGGGCGCUGAUCCGCAACCCGCGCAUCCUGCUGCUGGACGAAGCCACGUCGGCGUUGGACUCGGACAGCGAGAAGAUCGUCCAGGAGGCGCUCGACAAGGCCGCCGCGGGCCGGACGACGAUCGCCAUUGCGCAUCGGCUCAGCACCAUCAGCAGGGCCGAUAUGAUCUACUGUCUCAAGGACGGCAAGGUCGCAGAGAGCGGCGAACACAAGCAGCUGCUGGCGCUCAACGGCAUCUACGCCGAUCUGGUGCGCAUGCAGGAACUGCAAAAGGACGAGUGA